AUGCAGGCAUAUCACCCCGACCAGCAGCAGUACUUCACAACGCAGUAUGCUCAGCCACAGACUACUUAUUACACCCAGUAUGGCGCCUAUCCCCAGUAUCUUCAGCCACAGCCGGGUGCCGCACCGUUCCCUGUGUACAACCCGAACCCUGCCCAAUAUGAACCGCAUAGCGACAGACAACAAAUCGAGAGACCGCAAAUCGAAAGACCACAUGCUACGCCUGCACCACGUCGAAAGAAGCUGAGCCGCAACGCAGCCACUGCCCCUGCGGCGUCGACAGCGCCCAACGGCGCCCCUAGUACGAAGAUUCCAAACACUCCGUCUCGACCAGCAGCUCCUUUGAAAUCUGCUAUGAAGAAGCAUCGAACUCCUUCCAACGGCAGCGCACUUUCUAGGCAACAGUCGAAUCCCGAGUCUCAACGGAUGAGAGUCAACUCCCUCACGCGACAACGCUCUAAUUCACAACCCGAGUUUAUUCCUGAGCAUCUCUUCGUGUCCUUCUACUCCACGAACGAGAUGCGCGUAGAGAACAUCGCAUUUCAAUCUACACUGGACAGCCUUAGAGAAGAGAUUUUGCCGAUGUGGCCGGAGAACGCUGCUAUGGACGUUGGCUACCUCGAUAAGUGGCGCGUACGUUUUGUGGGGAGACCGUGGUCAAGUGUGGGGACGGACGAGAUCCUUGCCCAACGACUCGUUUGUCGCCUCUGGACAGUCUUGGCCGGUGAGGGAUACUCGUAUCUGACAACUGUCAACACUGGGAGUUCGUCGAAGGCUCCGCACUUCGUAUUCGUACACUCCCCCGUGGAGACGGCUCACUUCUUCAUGAUUACAUUCUCUCGAUCUUCAGAGAAGGUCACCCUCAUCGACGUGCCACAUGAGCUGGCACAGCAGCUCGCAGCCGGUCUGCGAUCCAUGUAUCCUCGCAGAAUCUCCUCGUACGGCGCAACAGAGGAUGGCAUCCACAUUAUCGAGGUGAAGAAAGCUGGGUUUGGAACGAGAGUGGACCGCAGCAUGUUCAUCGCCUAUGUCCUGCAAUUCUUCAACUCGGUGGGUUUUAAGCUUAAUGGGAGCGUUCCACUGGGGCGGAGAGCUGCUUUGGGCUUCGGCACGCGCAAGGAUGUGUGGAUCUUCCGGGGUCCCCUUCGAAGACCUGAGAGUCGUCAGAGUCGCCAGAAGCAGUGA